AUGCCAGCCCGCUCGAGACGCUCGCGCUGCUCCACAUUCGCUCUCGGCUGCUCGUUCGUGCUGUUCGCGGUCGCUAGUGCUGCGAAAGAUGCUGCAGGAGGGCUUGAUGGGCGAGGCGAGACGAUAGAUGCGGUUGCGGGAUCAGUAAGCGAGGUUGGCGCGGAAGGGACAAUAAGAGGAUUGGCGACACCGGUGAAGGAGCUGGCGAGCAUUGCGGCAGACGGCGAGACGAAGGGAGGCGCCUUGAACGAGCGAGCGGGGCGCCAAUUGCCACGGACCAUCGCCAUUGCCUCCUCGCUUCCUUCCGCCGACUCCCUCUCUCCCGCCUUUUCCGCAACCUACGACUCGCUUUUCGAGUCUCUCGCCUCCGACAUCAAAUCCCUCGUCUCCUCCGCCACCUCGUCCCUCUCGUUCCGCCUUCGCGGCAUCCCCGGCACAGCCAUCGCCUCCUCCUCCGAAGCUCGCGACCUCCAAUCCUUCCUCGACUGCUCCUCCUCGUCGGGCUCGUGGAUCUACGACGCGUCAGGCGAGUGGCUUGCCUCACAAGGCCGGGGCCUGACAGUCCACAAGCAGGAGAGUCGAUAUGCGGCAUGCGACAAGCGGUUCUACAAGGGUCGCGAACCUGGAUCCGCAGCGGAUGAGGUCGAAGGCGGCUGGGGCGUGCGCGAGUCGCUCAAGUGGCGCUGGGCUUCCUCUCCCGCCUGCGCCAACCUCGCACCUGCGUCACUCUCCCCCUCACUCCGGCUCUCCGGCCCGCCUUCUCGCUCCCGCUUCUGCCGCCUCCUCGCCCACAAAUCCACCCUCCUCCUCGGCGACUCGACGCAGUACUCCUUGCACGACCUCCUCCUCGACUGGACGACCACCGAGCCGCAGAGCUGCUAUGGCGACUUGUAUUGCAAGGAGCAUGCCCUGUGUGGGAAUAUUUUGAGGAGUGAGAAGGGCGAGGGGGUGGAGGACUGGGAAGGGGACGAGAGGGUGUAUCAUAGGCUGCCGUUGUCGCCCGGUGGGGAGGAGCUGCGGAGAAGGGAGGAGCGGGCGCCUGCCGACGUGGAGAAGCGCGACUCGACACCCUCGUCCGACGCGCAUGACUCGACGUCUCACUCGCAUACUCACACCAAGCGCCAAUCGUCCACCCGCUCCCCCUCGUACGGCACCCUCCUCCGCUACCGCCGCACAGACGGCCUGCGCCCGUCCUCUGCGCAGACCCUCCCAACCUACACACACCCCUCGACCGGCGUGCGCGAGGUGAACCAGCAAUGGCUCGCCGAUUCGCGCAGGUCGGAUAUUGUCGUGCUCAAUAAGCCGCCGUUGCCGCUGCCGAGAAAGGGGUUCAACGAGACUUGGGAUGAGUGGGUCAGGGGGUUGCUGAGUGAUGAGCGGGUCGAGGUGGAGCAGAAGGCGCUGAGGAUAGUCGAGGCGGCGGCGGAAACGACCAGGAAUGUCUGGGUGCCGGAAUUGGUCGAGGCGUUGCGGGCUAUCCGCGCACCGCCGAGUCCGCCCGACCAGCUCGUCGUCUACCGCGGCGGGUGGCGUCAGCACGCCGAUUGUGCCGCGUCCCAAACUGACACCGACACCGACACCGACGAGCUACCCACCUCGCCAGGCGACGGCCCCCCUCCCCGCUCUUCCCAGCCCUCGCUCUCCGACCUCCUCUUCCGCGUCGACGGCUCGCUCCUCCCCCCACACAUCAUCUACCACAACACCCAACUCUUCUUCCAGAACGACCUCGCUCGGCGGGUCGUCCUGCCGGCAUUUGGCGUGCCCUUCCUCGACCUUGACUCCCCCCUCUCCGUCUGGCGCAGUGGGAUGGUCGGCUCUUCCUCCGCCUCUCCUUUCUCCUCCUCUUCCACCGCCUCUCACGCCGCGCAGACCGUCCUAGCAGGAGCGGGCAAGGGUCUGCGCAGCCCGACAAGCGGCGACUGUACCCGCUACUGCUUCCCCUCCCCCGGCCUCUCGCUCGAGACGUUCUUCCUCGGUGCACUCGGGACCGUCUUUGAAGCUGGAUGGGCGGGGGAUGGCGAGAGGGAAAGGGAGUGGAUGGGCGAGGGAGAGGGGUUUAGGAACUUGAGGGAACGAGUGGCGGCGAGGGAAAGGACGGGGGAGUGA